CAGCACCCACAUGGAGCUAAUUUGAACGGUCGGAGAGCUGGUCUUCACUUCACGACUCACACUCACAGAUUUACAGUUUGAGAGGGAAGGGACAUAUCAGACAUGGACACCUUGGUGUGGAUCUUGAUUUGUGGAGCGCUGGGGCUGGUGUUUGGCUCUAAGCUGGAGCGGGCCAUAGACGAGGAGUGUGAGUCGGGCAGUUACACUCAUGACGGGGAGUGCUGUUUGCAGUGUCCUCCGGGAGAGGGAGUGGUCAAGGAGUGUGGGGCCACCCAGACCGAAUGCGGUCAAUGCUUAGACAGUGAGACGUUCUCUGAGACGUUCAGCCACACAGAGAAGUGUCAGACGUGUAUAGAGUGCACGGGUCUCAUGCGCAUGCAGACCCCCUGCACCGACUCGAACGACGCUGUGUGCGUGUGCAACUACGGCUACUUCAUGAGCGACCUGACGCACCAGUGCGAGCCGUGCACCGUGUGUCCACGCGGUCAUGGUGUGAUGAUACGCUGCGAGCACACACACGACACGGUCUGUGAGGAGUGUCUGGACGACACCUACUCUGAUCAGGAGAGCACGCUGGACCCCUGCCUGCCCUGCACCAUCUGCGAGGAGGGAAUAGAGAUUCUCAUGAGGAACUGCACACCCUAUGAAGAUGCAUGGUGUCAUGCUAAUUUCUCUCAGUCUCAGUCAAAAUGUUUGCUUUCCUCCAUGUGUUUCCGUAUGUGUCUGAUUGUGGCCUUGCAGUUUAAAGGUCACAGUGUGGAUACUCUGUGCAAAGCCCUGUGGAACAGCUGCAAGCAGAAUAAACAGGCAGCUAAUAAUCGCGCAGCCACAGCCAAUCAGACACCAUCUCCAGAGGGAGAGAAGCUGCACAGUGACAGCGGCAUCUCAGUGGACAGCCAGAGUCUGCAGGAGCAGCAAGCGCAGACACAGACGCAGGCGCAGGCGCAGGCCCACACACAGCUGCAUGCAGCAGAGCAGAUCGUGGUGAGAGUGGAUGGAGGGGCUCAGCCUGACUCCCCCCCACCUCAGGCCUAACCAGUGAGGAGGAGGACGCUAUGUUAUCAAUAUAACAAUAAAGAGGGGAUGAGAGGUUGGAGUGAAGGAAACAAGGAAGCAGAAAGAGGAGAAUGGAGGAGCGAAGCCAUGAUGGCCAUCUAGCAAGGGACACAGAGACAAGACCUUUGAUCCUUUUGAACCCAGCAAGAACUAUUCAUUGAUGAGCUGGUUCAACAGCACCAAUGGAUCCACUUCAGCGAUCAGACUCACUGGCUUAAAAUAGCUACUUCUAAAUAAACAUAAGCCUAUUACCCUGAAGAAAGUUCACCAUAAUGUAUACUGAAACCCACCACAAACUCUGAUGAAUGUUUAACAUAUACUGGGUUUCUCAGAUGUAUUAAUGCGCCCUUGUGACACAAACUCUGGAUGUCCCGGGCUUCACAAGAGGAUGCAAAGAGACGCUAACACAGGCUUCACGGAUAUCGCGCAACUUAGCAGCUGCACCAUGGUUCCUCCACCUGGAGCCUUCUGCCUGAUCUAAUAAGGAUUUCGUUUUUGCCUUAUCUUUGAAGUAUUAAUAGAUUUUGUCUAUAACAUCAAGGCCCUUUAUUUAAUCAGAAUUGUACACAUUUUCAGGUGUGUGUUAAAACUUUGGGGGGUUGUAUGCAGUUAGUGCAGAACUACCAGUCGCCGUCUAGUUUCAAAGCAGCUGAUCGCAGGUCAGUGUUUAUGGGCAACAACUCACGACUGUGACAUUUGCUGACCUUUAAUAAUGUAAUGACUCAGAUCUAUACUUAGCUCGCCUUCCUUUUUCUCUCUUUCACAACCUUUUCUCUAUAAAACACACACAUAGUGUAUCAUAUUCCCUGCCUUCCUCUAGUUACUGCAGUUUAGGUUUCAUUGCUUAGAUCUUCUCGCCUUACCUCUUCAGAAAUCUGAGUCACAGUGCAAAGAGAAACCAGAACUAAAGAGCUACACAAAUAUUUUCAUGCCAUCAUGCACUCCUAGAAGUAAUCACCAUGUUUAUGUCCUACCAUUAAUUCAGGUUUGAUUUGGAUUCAACUUAGCAGCACAUGUUCGUUAAUGAUUCCUGUAAUGAUUCUUUUAGUACUUUUGAGGAAACCUUAU